CCUCUUUUCCCUCCGUCCAUCAUGUUACCGUUCGCGGCCACAAAGGGCGCCUCCUGCGGGUUGCUCGCUGCACGAGUUGCCAUCUUCAGUGCGACUUCGCGUCGCCUAGUUCCAAAACUCUCCGUUUCCUGGACUCCCUCGGCCUGGGGAACGCGAGGCUAUGCCGAAGUCUAUAACAGGACCAAGCCCCACAUGAAUAUUGGAACUAUUGGUCACGUCGAUCACGGUAAAACUACACUGACGGCUGCCAUCACCAAGUGUCUCGCUGAGAAGGGAGGUGCACAGUUCACCGACUACAAUAUGAUAGACAAGGCUCCGGAAGAACGAGCUCGCGGUAUCACUAUCAAUGCUGCUCAUGUCGAAUACGAGACGGAAACUCGGCAUUACGGUCAUAUCGACUGUCCCGGUCACGCUGAUUACAUCAAGAACAUGAUUACUGGUGCAGCUCAAAUGGAUGGCGCAAUUAUUGUUGUGUCGGCUACUGACGGUCAGAUGCCUCAAACACGAGAACAUCUUCUCCUCGCUCGUCAAGUUGGUGUCAAGAAACUCGUUGUCUUCAUCAACAAGAUUGACCAAAUCUCGGACCCGGAAAUGUUGGAGCUUGUCGACAUGGAAAUGCGAGACCUUCUUAGCACGUACAACUUUGAUGGCGAGAACACUCCGAUUAUCAUGGGCUCCGCACUGGCUGCUUUGGAAGGUCGUGAGCCAGAGAUAGGUUCCAAGAAGAUUUUCGAGUUAGUGCAGGCAUGCGAUGAUUGGUUGGACCUCCCCCUUCGUGACCUUGAGAAGCCUUUCCUACUUCCUGUGGAAGACGUCUUCUCCAUUUCAGGACGUGGAACCGUCGCUACUGGCCGAGUCGAACGUGGUGUUGCCUCCAAAGGUACUGAAGUUGAGGUUCUCGGGCUCGGCGAAUCGUUCAAGACUACCCUCACUGGUAUUGAAAUGUUCCACAAGGAACUCGACCGGGCUGAAGCUGGCGACAACAUGGGUGCUCUGCUCCGUGGUGUAAAGCGUGAACAAGUCAAACGCGGCCAAGUUAUCAUCGCCCCUGGCUCCAUGAAAGCCGUUAAGGUUUUCAAGGCCCAGAUCUAUGUUUUGACUAAAGAUGAAGGUGGACGUUAUACGCCUUUCACCUCUGGAUAUAAGCCUCAGCUAUUUUUGCGUACUGCUGAUGUUUCUGUUGAACUAAAAUUCGACGACCCGGCCAAGAUGGCCAUGCCUGGCGACAACGUCGAGCUGGAAUGCAAUCUCCACUCUUCUCUUGCCAUAGAGGUCGGAUCCCGUUUCACUCUCCGUGAAGGUCACAAAACUAUCGCUACUGGUGUCGUGGUUGAGAUCAAGGAGUAGAGGACAAGACUUAUCUCGUGCUUGAAUUUAUUGCAUUCCCCACUCAUUAUCUCUGUAAAAGUAUAAUGCAAGCCGGAAAACUACUAUCUCUACGUAGAUACUAGUGACUUGUAGUCCAGUAAUAGGAAGGCGAGAGGUGAAAUAAGAGCAAUCCACAGAUUCGUAUUUGGAAUCGGGACUGAAUAGAAGCGGUGUUCCGGUGUC